CGCUACGUGGAAAAAGGCAGCAUCAGCGUGUCUAUCUUCUCCAGAAGAGCGUAAUACGCCACAAAUCAGCCUAAAGAUCGUAUCUCUGACGCUAAAAUAUACAUACAAAGCGCAGUUCCGUCGGAGAACUAGCAGUCAGUCCCCCUUGUAGCACAUGUUGGAAACCUUCCUGCUCCGCGAAUGGCUCGAAAUCUUUCAAAUUUCUGAUCUUUGUAUGCAGAGCUACACGUCUUCUACAUUGGUUUGUGCAGCGCAUAAAGGUGCAAAGUGCCAUCUCUCCCCUCAGGCUUAGUAGAUCAGAGUGUUCAUCUGCAUACUCCAUCCGCACAUGUCCAAGACGUGCACACGCUUGUCAACAGCAGAAACUAGCAACCGCAAAAUUAUUCUAGCUUCUCGGCCAAAUUUAUCCAGGACAUAUUGUUACACAGCUUUGGCGCUCACAACGAAUUGCUCUUGUAACUCACCUCUGAGUCUGCUUAUGGGCUGAAACUAAAUUGCGUUCCGCUGCGCCAUUACCUCAUAACCACAUCACAUGACCUCCAGAGUCUGGACAUACGUUUUGAUCUUGCUUUCGACGCGAAUUUCGCAUGAAGACAUCGCAUACUGGUCGUUCCGAUUCUUCCUCCAAAUCGACGACCGUGUUUGAAUAUGUCGAACUCUUCUGAGUCGGCAAAAUUGCAAAGUCACCAGCGGCAAGAUAGAGAAGCUCGAGUCCUUUCGAAGCAUUUAAAUCCAGAAUUUACAGGAGAUCUAGAUGGGGCACCAACGACGCUACCAGGGCAACAAGCAGCGGACCUAAAGUCCUCCCUGAAGACGCAGGGCGGUGAUAUGGUUCGAGAUUUGUACAGAAUAGAGGCCAAGUCGAAACGCGCAAGGUUUGAACAGCGAGCUGCAACUUUCUCCUUUCCUGCGCGAGGAACAGACACGGACGACGGCGAAAAUGAAAUACCUAUAACCAACCCAAACGAACCUGGCGGCUUUCGCCGAGACUACAUCCAACGACAGGCCCUUCGGCGUCGGCUUCACAGUGUUACGACUGUCGCUGGGCCAGUUACACGAAAUUUUGUGGAUUUCUUGGAUCUAUAUGGAAAUUUCGCCGGCGAGGACUUGCACGAGUCCGAUGAUGAAACCAUCGAAACGGAAGACGAUGGACAGGAAGAAGGAAUCGAGACUCCGGGAGAUCAGCGACCGCUGCUCGGUCGCAGGUCGACAUCUCGAACAACCUUUGCCGAAAAAGGGGAUGCAUCAAACGUCAAGACUUUCUUCACGCUCCUCAAGGCUUUCAUAGGGACUGCCAUCAUGUUCUUGCCAAAAGCUUUCAGGAAUGGGGGCCUCUUGUUUUCAUUGAUUACGCUAAUCGUAGUCUCCAUGAUCACAGGCGUUGGCUUCUAUCUUCUCCUGCAAUGUCGCAAACGACACAGAGGCGGUUACGGAGAAAUAGGCAAAGUGAUUUCUGGCUCCAGAUUACGAUCUCUCAUCCUCGUGUCCAUCACGUUGUCACAGAUCGGUUUCGUCUGUUCCGGCCUUAUCUUCACUGCCGAAAACUUACAUUCCUUCAUCAACGCAGUGUCGCACGAACGCGCAAGUUCAAAACUCACGGUAUACACGCUUAUUGGACUGCAAAUACUAGCAAUAAUCCCGUUAUCCUUUAUACGUAAUGUGUCCAAACUGGGCCCAGCUGCUUUGCUUGCUGAUAUUUUCAUCAUUUUUGGUUUGGCAUAUAUAUAUUACUACGAUAUAACGACGAUUUCCAAAAACAGCGGUCUCAGAAGCGACGUGAUGCUGUUCAAUCCAAAAGACUUUCCAUUGACUAUUGGAAGCGCUAUUUUUACCUUCGAGGGCAUCGGCUUGAUUUUACCCAUUCAGUCGUCAAUGAAGCGACCACAAGAUUUCGGGAAACUUCUUACGGCGGUCAUGAUAAUAAUAACAGCCGUAUGUGCAAGCGUCGGCUUUCUUUCGUAUGGCGCUUUCGGGGAAAGCACACGGGUCGAGAUCAUAAACAAUUUUCCGCAAGGAGACAAACUCGUCAACUCCGUGCAGUUUUUAUACUGCAUGGCCGUUUUAGUCGGCGAACCUGUUCAGCUAUUUCCCGCAGUGCGCAUAAUGGAAGGCAAGUUCUUUGGCAGGCGAUCGGGAAAGAACUCAACAAAGACAAAGUGGAAGAAGAACUUUUUCCGGGCAACCGUAGUGCUCAUUUCUGGAGCCAUUGCAAUGGUUGGAGCGGGCGAUCUCGAUAAAUUCGUCAGUCUAAUCGGAAGCUUUGCAUGUGUUCCUCUUGUUUACAUUUACCCAGCAUACCUUCAUUACAAAGGAAUUGCGCAGUCGAGAUAUGCGAAACUCGGUGAUGUGAUCAUGAUCAUUCUCGGAUUAAUAUGCAUGAUUUACACAUCAGUGAUCACAGUUGCAAUUUGGGUUGAAGACAGCUGAACCACAAUUAGUAAACUUUACAGGUCAACACUCAAUUUCCUUUUGUGCUAAUGCCAGUCGUAUUUCAUUGUUAGUCGUUAUACAAGCACAGUUGGCGCUCAGAGUGGACAUGCUGGCUAGAUCUUUACGCAAAUGCAUAUGCAGAGUCUACGUAAACCCGAAGGGCCACAUCCAACGUUACAUAUUCAUCACAUUUAGUUUGUUGCAAUUCUGUAUUUAUUCACACUUCACGUGAAUGGCCGGGUCAGACCAUCAGCUCCUAGUUGCUGAUC